AUGCCCUCCAACAAGCAUCACAACAAUAAGCCUUGCCGCAACUGGGAAGAGACUGGGACUUGUCGGUACGGAGACUCCUGUAAAUUCGUUCAUGCCCAGCGGCGAGGAGUUUCAUCAUCUAAUCCAUUUGGAGGUGGCACAGUGUCUGCUUCGCCAUUCGGUGGCAGCGGCGCAGGUGGGCAAGUGUCUGGGAACCCUUUCGGAGCUACAGCCACACCGGCACCAACUCCCUUUGGUGCUGGCAACGUCACGGCACCAACUCCCUUUGGUGCUGGCAACGUCACGGCACCAACUCCUUUUGGUAGUGGUAACGUCGCGGCGACGACUCCCUUUGGUGUUGGCAACAUCACAUCGUCGUCGCCGACUCCUCCUACAUUCGGCGGCACACCAGGUGGUGGGUCUGGACCGUUCGGGAGCUCGAAGCCUGUAACAUUUGGGGCGGCCGCCUUUGGAAGCUCACAACCAUCGGGGUUUGGUAACGCAAUAGGGACGAAGCCAAGUCCCUUUGGGAGUACUACAUCGGGUGUAUCCCCGAGUCCUUUCGGUGGUGGUGCAGCAACCCAACCGUCACCAUUCGGCCAAUCCAGUCCGCCUUCGCAAUUGAGCAACGCGAACCCCUCUGCUUCAACUCUUGGGAAUGCCACUGCACCUGCCACAACCAUAGUGCCUCCAUCGGGCAUUUUGCCUGCCGCUACUGUUGUUGGGACUUUGGUACCGGACGAGAGCAACCGGAAAAUGAGAGAAAACAUCGCAACCGCGUUGAACAAGGGCGAGCUUUACCCUUUGUCUUCUUUUGGACCGGAUGGUCAGGGCAACCUGACGCCGCCUGGCAUCGACGUCAGCUUCGAAGAGCUCCGGUAUGAGGACCCUCAGAACCAGCAUUUACGAGAAACUAUCGCCAAGACGGAAGCAAGUCUCGAGAAGAUUAUUUCUAAGCCCACUCUGUCGAAAUACUUUGGUAUUGAGGGAACGGCGAAAUCGGUAUCGCCUUUCAGCGGAAAUGCUGUCGCUCCCUCACCGUUUGGAGGAGCAUCUGCCCAAAGUAAAUCAUCGCCCUUCGGUCCUGCAGCGGGGCCGAAGCCCUCGCCAUUUGGUGCAACACCAGCAGCUACCUCAACAACAUCCCCGUUUGGUGGAUUCGGAAGCAGUCAAUCCUCUGCAACGGGCUCUUUCGGAGGGUUCGGUAACGCCUUCGGUGGCCAGCCAUCGUCAUUCGGUGCCACUAGUGGGCCCUUCGGUGCUACUCAACAGUCCUCGCUUCUUCCUACUUUGUCAUGGCCGGACAACCUGGUGGUUCGACCUGGGAUUCCUCCGAACAAGAUGCCAUCAUGGAUUUCCCGAACACCUUUAAAUCUACUGCCUGAGAUCAAACCGUCGAAGGGGCUAUCGGAGGAAGAUAUCGAACGUUACAAGAAUGCGGAAUUCUCUUUGGAUGCAUUUCCGUCUCUGCCCCCUACCAUUGAGCUACUCACCUUCACGGAUCGAUACGGUCCCUGCCUUACACGAGGAGCUGCGAAAGUGAACCUCCACGACUACGAAUCGAGUCAGCUGGCCCAACCGGUGGUGACAAGUGUUCAAGGCUCAGAUGUGGAUGAUCUCGCCGACUCCGUUGCUCGGGUGCAGCUGAGGGAUAACGAUUGGGUUAUUGGUUGGAUUCUGGCGGUAGACCCUACAUCAGUUCUUGGAUCGGCCAAGUACUCAUAUGGCCUGCGUGCUUCCUGUGUCAUUCACGGUUAUUGUCGGCCCUUGUUGAUUGAGAUCCCUCGAAGUCGUCGCAACGGCUUGGAUGAUUUGAUCGGAAUACCUCUGGCGGUCUUGCGGCAGGAAAUGGACUGCAGCGAAGAGAAUGUGGACCAGCUGGGCAUGUUCUUGCGGUUCAUCGUAACACAACUUGUAGGCGUGGGUGUGAGGCUGAGCAGGAAGUUGAGAUGGUCCCACACUGAUCGAGUAGCGUUCGAGAGGCUCGAUGUUCUACUCAAGUACACGCCUCUCUUGAAUCUUUUUCGGGGGUAUCUGGCGUUGGCAACAAUCAAUCGACAUAUCAAGACGUUGCCUGUGGGUUACACCGAUGAGUGGCUUGCAAUAAAAGCAGAGAUCUCGGAAGAGGUUGCCGUGGUUAAAGCGAUUGCCGCGGAGUGGUCGGAGAUAAGGCGAGCUUGUGCUUCGAGGCCACCUGGAGCUCCACCCCAGCCGCAUGUACUCGCGGAUGAUGAGGAGAUGAGCGUCGGUUUAGAUGGAUCAGUGGAUGCUAGCCCUAUAGCAGAAGGUCGGGACGCCAGUCGUGGAAACAGCUCGAGGAACUACAGCAAGCCUUGGUUGCAGCCUCUUCCUCCACAGGCUCAUGAGAAUGCAUCAAAUGGAGGCACCAGCGACAACGGUGGAGGGAUAUGGAGCGCCUGUGAACGGCGGGGGUUCCUCGAGCAUGUCUACGGCCCUAGUGGUGAAGGCCCAGAUGCUGACCUCAUCAUGAUGCUCGAACGAGACUGCGUCGAGAAGAAUCCUCAGGUCGGAUGGAGCUCGAUAUCCGGUCUAGAGUCUGCGCGGCAACUCCUCGAAGAGGCAGUUGUGCUACCGUUAUUGAUGCCGGAGUAUUUCCAAGGUAUCCGGCGGCCGUGGAAAGGCGUUCUAUUAUUCGGCCCACCUGGCACUGGUAAAACGAUGUUAGCGAAAGCGGUAGCCACUGAGUGCGAUACUACCUUCUUCAAUGUAAGCUGCAGCACAGUCACCAAUAAAUACCGCGGGGACUCGGAGAAGCUCAUACGGUUACUCUUCGAGAUGGCUAGAUUCUAUGCCCCGACUACAAUUUUCUUUGAUGAAAUCGAUUCUAUAGGUAGCAAACGUGGAGACCCUGGGGAGCACGAGGCUUCGCGGCGGGUGAAGAGCGAGCUGCUGGUACAGAUGGAUGGUUCGGGGUCUGCGGAAGAUGGAGCGUCCCCGCCUAAAACUGUCAUGGUACUAGGCGCGACAAAUCACCCCUGGGAAAUCGACGAGGCCCUUCGACGACGACUUGAGAAACGUAUAUAUAUCCCCCUGCCUGACGAGGAGGCGAGGCUUGGCAUGUUCAAGGUGAAUUGUUCCAGUAUAAAGCUCGCUAGUGACGUGGAUUUCCGACGGCUCGUCAAACGAACGGAGGGGUACUCUGGUGCUGACAUCUGUAGUGUUUGCAGAGAGGCUUCUAUGAUGAACCUGAGGGAUAGAUUGAGGAAGGCUCGGACAAAGGGAGCGACCAAAGGUGGGCUUGAUGUCGAUCGAUUACGAGCUGAGGUUGAAGGACGACCCGUCACUAUGGGUAACUUUGAGCAAGCGGUGAAGAACGUACAGAAGUCGGUCGGCACCGAGGACUUGAGAAAAUUUGAGGACUGGAUGCGCGAGUUCGGAUCGUCAUAA